UGUGUGUGUGUGUGUGUGUGUGUCCAAGUAGAGGAACAGUACAGACGCAGUUGCAGGUGCGCGGGCUCUCUUGAUGCUUUGCUCCAGGCCUCCCUCCUCCUGGCUGUCUGCUGCUCCUUGACCAUUGGGUGAAGCGGGAAAAGAGGACCAGGUUGAGUGAAGCCAGAGAACAGGAAGUCUAGUCGGCGCUCAGGCGGCAUCGGAGCAGCGUCCAGCCGAGGGCAGCAUGAAUCCUUUGUGGAGGCUUUGUAAGAGCAAAGUCAUGAAGACGCUCAACCUGGAGUACGCGGACGACUUGGCUGAAGAGGUGAGUGAGGUGGAUGAAGACGUGAUGAGUUCAGUCCAGCAAGACGAAGCCCAGAAUGUCGUCUCCCAGCUGGCCCGCAAAAUGCAGGGAGCGGGGACCAAGAGCUGGAACAGACUGUCAGCUCUCUUCAAUAAAGAAGACGAGCACCAACUAUUGCAAGAGACGCCAAUCGCUGACCAUCCACUUGCAGUCAAGCCAGAGGAACCUUCCAGGCCCACUCGCCGCAGUGGAUUCUGGGAUAGCUUCGCCGCCAACUGGGCUGCCAAGAAGCAGGCGGAGGCCGCCGCCACCCGCAAGAGGACCGAGGACGAAGAGGGGGUGGCGGCGGCGCCCGAGGAGGAGGAAGAGCAAUCUGCGUCGGCGGGGCCGUCCGAGGCGGCGGAGAUGGACGGCGCGGAGGAGGCGGAGCCACGGGAGAGCGACGGCAACAACGGCUUCUCCAAAUACAUCACGCUGGGAGGAGGAGCGGGCGGCGACGAUGACGCGGCUUUCAAGUGGGACUUUGUCACCAGCAAACUGGCCGAGUUGAGGAGGGCCAGCCUGGCCAAGAGCGACUAAGAAAACAUCCAUGAAAUUCACCCCUCGCCCGGGAAUUUCAGGUAUUACUGCAGGUAAGAAAGAAAUCAUAAUGCGGGUAACCGGAACGGUGGACGAAUUCAACCUCUUGCGGAAUUUUUUGAACUGUUAAACAUAUUUUCGAAUAGAUGACAUAAAAAAAAUCUACGAUGUGUAUAAAUGUAAUUUUCGAUCUGGUUCCGCUGUAGCUCUUGUCGUGUUUGUUCAUACGGCGGAACCUCGAUCGAACGGACUCGGAACCGAGAUUCACUGGACAGAAAAUAGUCUCCGGCUCCACGGAAAAACGCCCCUCGACACCGUACUUUUCAGUCUCUUAGUACCAGAAUUGGCUAAAAUUCUCCACAGCGACACCCAAUGUCGCUGCGGCGCCCUCAACGGAUGGUGACCGGUCACGUGUUUACGGCUUGCACUGCUCUCGUAAUAGAUCAACACACUUGACAGUAAGUCGACUCGAGCAGGCUCAAAAGUGCCUCAAUGUGUUGCACAUCGUGACAGGAGUGACUUUCCCAUCAAAACAAUGCACGGAUGGCACGGCGACCAUGUUAGCAGGGGAGGGAGUACCUUCAAAUGCAAUGGAGCAGACACGUUAGCUUAGCCUCCACAGCUAGCUCAAGAGGAGCACGUCAUAUCGACCCGAUUUGAGCUCUACGGCUGUUGUUUUACUGAAGUGAGUAGCGUAGGCAUCUUUUGGCCAUACUAUUUUGGUACAUGACACAGUUUUUUUUCCCCCCUAAAACCUUCAUCGCUUGCAUCUUAUCGUAAUAAAAGUGUAGAAAAAAGAAGUGCGAACAUUGUGGGCGCAUGCACACGGCCGGAUGGCCGCCAAUUAUCGUUCCUCCAAGCACCACAAGAAAUAUUCACGCAAACUGUGCACCAGCAACUCUCUGGGAUUGUUUGAGAUUUUUGUGAUUUUUUUUUUUUUUUGUCUUUCUUUGAUUGUGUGGUGUAUGUUGGAUUGUGCCGUUUUAUUUUUUUUGAAUGCUGCAAUUGAAAUGUUUCCACCAAAUAGCAGUGAUGAUACAUGAAGCACUAAAAUCACCAUAAUAAAGACAACUGCUCGAC